UUCCGCGCCGCCCGCUCCUUUCCGCUGAACUCCAACCCCCGCGCGCUCUAUCAGCAUCUCAUUCCUGUCUCAAUAUGUCUCAAGAUGGCGGCCAAUGCAGGAUCGAUGUUUCAAUAUUGGAAGCGCUUCGACUUACAACAACUACAGAAAGAACUUGAUGCCACCGCCACACAACUUGCCAACAGACAGGAUGAGAGUGAACAGUCCAGGAAGAAACUAAUCGACCUCAGCCGCGAGUUCAAAAAGAGCACACCAGAGGAUUUACGGAAACAGGUUGCCCCUUUGCUCAAGAGCUUCCAAGGAGAGAUUGAUGCAUUGAGUAAGAGAAGUAAAGAAGCAGAGGCCGCCUUCUUGAAUGUGUACAAGAAAAUAAUCGAUGCCCCAGAUCCUGUACCAGUGCUGGAGCUGGCUCAGCAGCUGCAGCUGAAGCUCCAGAGGAUGCAUGACAUUGAGACAGAGAACACCAAACUUCGAGAGACACUGGAGGACUACAACAAAGAGUUUGCUGAAGUGAAGAAUCAAGAAGUGACCAUUAAGGCCUUGAAGGAGAAGAUACGUGAGUAUGAGCAGUCCCUGAAGAACCAAGCUGAGAGCCUAGCUCAGGAGAAGCAGUUCCAGCUACACAAUGACUAUGCAGAGAAGGAGAGGAAACUCCAGGAGAGUCAAGACUCCAUGUCAUCAAGGCUGGAAGAGGCUGAACACAAGGCCCAGUCCUUACAGACAGCACUUGAAACUACUCAGGCCGAGCUCUUUGAUUUGAAGACCAAGUAUGAUGAGGAAUCAACAGCAAAGGCUGAUGAGAUUGAAAUGGUGAUGACAGACCUGGAAAGAGCCAAUCAGCGGGCAGAAGCAGCUCAGAGAGAGGUGGAGUCUUUGAGAGAGCAGUUGUCCUUGAGUAACCAAUCCCAGGGGCACACCAGCCCAGCCAAGGACAACCCUGACAUGGAACAGCCAGUGGAGAUGACAUCCCACUCAAAUCUGGAGGCCGAGCUUAGGGCCAAAGAAAGAGAGACUGCCCAGCUAGUGGAGGAUAUCCAGAGACUGCAGGUCAGCCUGACCAAACUGAGAGAGACCACCAGCUCCCAGAUUACACAGCUGGAGCAGCAGCUCACUACCAAGACUGCCAUUCUUAAGGAACUGGAGGAGAAAUUGCAGAAGCAAGCUGACUAUGAAGAGGUGAAGAAGGAACUGAGUAUCCUCAAGUCGAUGGAGUUUGGAACAUCUGACUCUGUACAGGACUCGGCCAAACCACUGGAGGUGUUGUUGGUGGAGAGAAACCGUAGUCUUCAGUCAGAGAAUGCCUCUCUGCGUAUCGCAAACACAGCGCUCAGCGGGCAAGCCAUGCGAAAAGGGACAGAAGACUCUGCACCGAAGGAGGAGCCCAUACCCAACGACCCCUCAUCUUCACCGACUCCUCCCCCUCCAUCUCUCCCUUCCUCAUCCCAGCUGCCGCUAUCUCGCACACAUACAGAUUCUCUCAGCAAUGCCAUCACCACUACCACAACCAGCAGCAGCAGUGAAACGCACCCAUUCACUCCUACAGGCAUUGGACAGGACUUCUAUUCCCCUGUAUUCCCUUUGGUGGGUGGUAAGAUGGCUUUGAACUCCCUACUACAGCGGCAGCUCCUUCAGACCUUCUACUCCAAAGCCUUACAAGAGUCAUCUGGAAUCCCUGGUGGGGCACUACUGUUCACUCCCUUCACCCCAACUCUCAGCUCCAUCCCUACCUCCACUCCGGGCUCUGGGUCUGCUGCCAUCCCUCUGGCAGCCAGCAGCCCCCAGCCACCUCCAGCCAGCCCAGAUAUUGCUCCUGUCAAUGGGAGUAGCACCACUGGCAGUGCCCCAUCCCCAUCACCCAGUCACUCUGACACUACCACAGGAAGUGUUUUAGACGGGGAAGAUAUGGACACAGCAGAGAUCGCCCGACAGGUUAAAGAGCAGCUGAUCAAACACAACAUUGGUCAACGCGUUUUUGGCCACUACGUACUGGGGCUCUCACAGGGUUCAGUCAGCGAGAUCCUGGCCAGGCCCAAGCCGUGGAAUAAGCUGACCAUUCGGGGGAAGGAGCCUUUCCAUAAGAUGAGGCAGUUCCUUGCUGACGAGCAAAACAUCCUCGCACUACGCAGCAUCCAGGGUCGGCAGAGAGAGGGCUCAGGCCAGCCCCAGCUUAGCCGAGUGUUUCAGGAUGUUCCGAAGCGGAGAGCCCUCUCCGAUACAGCGUCACACACAGGUAACAUUACUGCUCGUGUUCGUACGCCAGAGGCAGGUUCAGAUGAGGCUAUCAAGUCCAUUCUGGAGCAGGCCAAACGAGAGCUGCAGGUGCAGAAAGCCGACUUGUCCCAUGCUCAGCCCUCCUAUGCAGGACUGAAAGGAGGCGGUGGAGGUGGUAUGGGAAGUGGAGGAGGCAGCGGAUCAGAUGAGGCUAUCCGCUCCAUCCUAGAGCAAGCUCGGAGAGAGAUGGAAGCCCAACAGGCUGCGCUGGAGCCAAUCCUCAAAGCCUCGUCUUCCUCAUCAACAUCAUCAUCACUGUCUCAGAGGGACCUCCUGGGCUCUCACCUCACCGCUCCCCUUCCCCCUUACAACCCCUUGGCGCUCUCUCUUAAGAAGCCUUCCAGCUCCCUUUUGUCUUCCCCUUCAUCCCCAUCUCCAAUCCUGGACUUCAGCUCCAGUGUGAAGAGAGAAGGCAGGACUUCUUCAGGGAUAGACAUGACUGCUGACGGAGCUCUCAGGCUGGGCAGGAGCUCCGAGGGGUCGGUCCGCUCUGGAAGUGCAGGAGGAGUGGGUUACUGGAGAGAGCAAUGGUGGAGUAACAUGCAUGCAGACCCACGCAGAGCAGUGCCCAGCCAGACGGGAGAGGAGAACCACAGUCAGGAUGAUUCCAAAGAGGGAAUAUUGAGUGACAGUUUGUCUCGACACAAACAGUGGAACAAGCUGAACCAGAAGAGCAGAGAACCAUACCUCCGCAUGCAAUCAUGGCUCAAUGGCGACCAGGGACAAAAUACGCACAUCCAGCAAGCGCAGAACCAAGAAGGUACUCCCAAGACCUCAGCAAGCUGCAGUCCUGCUCCAGAAUCUCCCCUCAGUUCAGCCGAAGAGUCUAUUAACGGGAUGGCAGGUGAUGCACACAAACCGCCAUCUGAUGAUCCCUUGUGUGGGGACUCUCAGCCCGGCACCCCUUUGCCUCUUCCUGGUCCCCACUCAGGUCUCAGCAUUCAGGAAAUGGUGGCAAUGUCUCCAGAGCUGGAUACUUACGCCAUCACCAAGAAGGUGAAGGAGGUGCUGACUGAUAAUAAUCUUGGCCAGCGCCUGUUUGGUGAGACUAUCCUGGGUCUAACUCAGGGUUCUGUGUCAGACCUACUGGCUAGACCCAAACCCUGGCACAAGCUCAGCCUGAAAGGCAGGGAGCCAUUCGUCCGGAUGCAACUGUGGCUCCAGGACCCACACAGUGUGGAGAAACUCAUGGACAUGAAACGUCUUGAGAAGAAAGCUUAUAUGAAGAGGCGGCUGAGCUCCUUGAGUGAUGGCCAUGUUGUGGAUGGGAGCUUGGUGGGGCCAGAUUAUGUUCAGGGUUCCCAGAGCCCAGGCCAGCAGCAGCUGAAGAAACCCAGGGUGGUGUUGGGCCCUGAGGAGAAGGAGGCCCUGAAAAAGGCCUACCAGCAGAAGCCCUAUCCUUCACCAAAAACCAUUGAAGAGCUAGCCUCUCAGCUCAACCUGAAGACCAGCACUGUCAUCAACUGGUUCCAUAAUUAUAGGUCACGUAUCCGGCGAGAACUCUUCAUAGAGGAGAUUCAGGCAGCUGGUGGAGUGGGCCCGGGUAGUGACGGGGGUUCCCCUUCCCUUCGUGGGUCCAAAUCAGGAGAAGGGGACAGUUGUGAUGGGACAGAAUCUGAGGGCACGGUGGACACACGCCAGGGACUGGCCAUUGGCCUGGAGGAACCCCAAGGAGUGUGUAAAGACCACGACAUGGAUGCUGAUUGUGAGGCGGGGGGCUCUAAUAACUCCCCCACUCAAAUAGACUGUACCACCUCUGGCUUAGCUGGGCCGGGCUCUAGCUGUGGACAGGGUGGGCUGGGGCUCUUCAACCUCACAGAAGCAUCUUCUAGUAGCUCUGCCUCGAGUACUACACUCCCCGCCUCUGCCCCAACCAGAAACCCCAGGGACAACAAUCUGCGCAAGAAGAAAGCAGCCAAUCUCAAUAACAUAAUACACAGGCUGGAGAAAGCUGCCAGCAAAGAGGAUCCCUCAGAGUGGGAGUUCUAGCUCCUUCUGAACAUCCUUCAUCCCUCUCGUAUCAUAACCUCACAACCUCUAACCUUGGACCCCUCCUGCUCUGUUCCAGUUGGAGAGUGGACACAGCCAAAGUCGAGCUCAGCAGCCAUUUUUAGUAGUGUAGAAGCUUUCCAGAAAGAGGAAAGAAACAAAGAGUGGUUGGCAAAACCCUUAAAAAGAAGAAAUACUGAAUACCUAGAACAAAAUGAGAACCUGUGUGUGUCUCCUUUUUUUUUUAAACAGAGUUUUGUUUUUUUACUGAGAAAAGCACUUAGCCGUCCUGCUGGCCUCUGGCCCUGCUGUACCUCCCCCCUUAUCACCAGCCACUGGUGCACCAGACUGGUUAUUCCUGAGCUGGGGUCUGACCCACAGCUAGGGUUGAAACCUGGACUCAGUCACGCAGGCUAGGCCUGACGCCGCAGCUGUCACAGUGAUAGACACUGAUAGAUGAUAGAUAGAGACAGGAAUUCUCUUACCAGGACUCUCACUUUCUUAAAAAAUAUUUUUUUUUUUCGUUCUUCUUCUCACCUCCCAAGUGUCCACAAACCUCCCCUCACUCAGUGAGACGCCUCAUUUUUCACACUGUAGAGUGACUGUUACAAACCCUUUGCCUUUUUCACUCACUGCGUGUGUGUUUUUUCUAUGGUUGAGGUCGCGUCAGUGUGCACCUGUGUGUGUGUGUGUGUGUGUGUGUGUGUCUGUCUGUCUGUCUGUCUGUCUGUGUGUCUGUCUUUAAUGGCAGCAGAUUUUUUUUUAAAUCUCACUCCUACACUCUUAAGAGGGUAGUGGAAGGCCUGCCGGCUGAGCUGCCAUGGUUACUGAUGUAAGAACAAUGAACUUUGACCUGUUGUGUUCCGUAUCCUAUCCUGCUGACAGCCAUGUGAUGGCCAGAAGGAUCUCUUAAUUCCUCACGAAUCCGCCGCGAACUCAUCUGAAGAGGAAGGAAGGAAGGAACCUUCUUUUGUCUCCUUAAGCCCUUCUUUUAAGGAUGAAGGAUGUUUUUUGUUUAGUUUUUUGAUAUUGCAAUUGUUUGCCAAUAAGAGAUUGCACAGUCUGUUGACUCUAAAGAGUACAAAAUAGGGAAUUUUAGGAACCGUUUUUAAUUAGUACAACAUAAAAACAGAAAAUAAAUGAAAUGACAAGUUACUGUUUUAAAAACAAAUUAGAAUCACAUAAUGUCACAUUGUUUUAUUACGAUACAAUGAACUCCCGUAGUACUGUAGCUCUCUGACAUGGUGGUAAUAUUCGUGUCUAUUGUUGUUUUUUGCUUUUUAAGGUGGAGCACGUCACAGCUUUAACCAGCAUCGGAUCCGCUGGCUGUGUGUCUGCGCCACCCACAGAUUUUUUCAUUCACAACACACAUCUUUUAUAGGCCAAAUCAGGAAAAGUGUGUGUGAGAACGUCUGCGUGUCUCGUGUGCGUUUGUAUUUGCCCACAUGUAAGUCGGGGUUGAGGUCAUUUCACACAGAUUCAAGUAGGUUUUCACAUGCAAUGAAAUUCUUGACUGGAGAAGAAGAAAUAAAGCGUCUUGUGCGAAUGCAUUUUCACCAUGGCAUUUGAUGUUGUGAAUUUACCCCAACCCUGGUGUGACUAGUCUCCGCUCUCCUCCAGUCUGUCCUUGAUCCAGGGAUGUUAAGUCUUUUUUUUUUUUCAGUUGAAUUCUAUGGUAUACACUACAAACGAUAAGGCAUAUCACCUCCUCCCUGUCCCACAUGAGCCCUCAGUGCCUGUCAGCCCACUGCCUCCCCUCUGUGUGCACGUGCAUGCCAAGCGUGCAAGAUCGAGGAGUGUUCAGCGUUUUUCCAGUGAGUGGGGUCAUAAUUUCUUAUCUACUUGCACACACUACUAGUGCACAACUGACACCCUUCUUUAAGCUGUUUGAUGCGUUACCAUUACAUUAAUCUUCUCACAAAGUAGUGGAAUACUAUGAUUUACUGUAGCUUGGUUUUAUUGCUAUUCUGCAUUUAUAGUUUGGUUUUUAUUCUGCUUAUUUAUAGGUGCUGUAUUUUUCAUUUAAUGUCUUAUCAUUUGAGUUGUGUAUUUUUUAAGGGAUUAUACUGUUCCUGAGGGCAAGUAACAUUUUUAUUAGACUUAUAGACUGCCGGCAGUAUUGGUUAAUAUUUACAGAGAUGUACUAGUUCUCAUUUGUUUGUAUAUUCAUGAAUCCUAAAGUUUAGUGUAAUUUCAAUCGCUUUGAAAAAAAAUGUUUGCUACAGUUCAUGCUCCGUAAGCGAAAAGCUUUCGCCACAACAGUUAUGCUCUCAAAUAGCUAGCUAGAGAAUCAAAGGACAUAUCAGUAUCAGUGACUAUAUUCCAGCAUAUCUCUUCUUGUUCUGAUUUAUGGUUUUUGGCUGUUUCUUGGGCAAGCCAAACACUAAUGCUGGGCAGGGCAUGCAGCUUCUUCCCCCACCCCCCAAAUGCUGUCUGCCCUCCUGUUAAUCACAUGAACAUAAUUCACCGAUCCUGCUGAAAACACUUUCUCAAAUAGGUCAAAAUGAGAUGAAAUUCUCAUUUAACAUGUGAACACACAUUAACUUGAAAGAGGUCAUAUCUGCCAAAUUGAGAUUAGAGAAGUGUACCAGCUAGCAGGCGUGCUAUGCCAGAUUGAACAGCGAUAGCCAGCCUAUGAUUAUGCAGAAUUUAUAUAGCAGUCCAUUAUGAAGCACUUAUGAGGAUCUUUUAUGAAGACUUUACUUAGGACAGGGUCUGUAAACACUACAACAGAGUACGAUCCCAGGAUCAUGGGAAAUGUAUGCCUUUAAAAAAAAAAAAAAAGUGGUUGUGAACCAAGCACAGAC